AUGGCCCUAUCAACCACUAAACCCACCAAAGAUGUACAGGUAGCGGGUGUUGGCACCACUAAGACAGGCUAUGUAAUCAGAUUCAGAGAUGCUCAGUUGGCCGAAAUAGCCCAGAACAACACUGCAUGGCUGGAAGAACUGGGAAACGAAACCAAGCUGGUGAAACCCCAAUUCAAAGACUUUGACUUGGACAAGGAAAAGAAAGAAGGAAUUGAGAAGAUUAUGGAAGAGAAUGACCUGGCCGAGAAGGGAUUUGAAAUCAAGGAUAUUGCAUGGCUAAAGAAGAAGGAUAGCCCGCUGGGAAAGUCCGCAUCUAUGGGCAUCUGGCUAAAUACACCGGAGGCAGCAGAAUCCAUCAUCAGCAAUGGCCUCCUAGUUGGACAAAGAUAUAUCGGAAGUGUGGAACCCUACAAAGUUAAACUAAAAAGAUGCUACCACUGCCAGAAGUUUGGCCACCUAGCUUAG